AUGUCUAUUGUGCGUCAGAAGAAUAAACUGUCUAAGAGGCGUGCCCGUCCCUCUCCCAAAAAACAGCCACGGUUUGUUUCUAUUUAAAAACGCCUUGAGCGACUGCUUUCAGACCUCCUUUCCUCAUGGGACACUAUGUGAUUAUUGGAGGCGGAGGCUUCUUAGGAACCCACAUAAUUUCCAAGCUGCAAUCAGAAAACUGCCAACGAAGAAUCUAUAUUGUGGACCCACAUCCAAGGACAUUCGAAACAAUAAAUAUUGACAUGAGAUAUGUGACCAUCAUAAAAGUGAGUGAAAGAUUUUUCUUGUAUAUUCAACUCGAAUUUAAUAUUUUGGGAAUCAUUCCGGAAUGAAGGAGUUCUUGACCGUUGGCUCCCUUGUGCUUCGGCAGUUUUCCACCUGGCAUCAAUCGGGCACACCGGACUUAUUGGGGUAGCAAACUGAACAACGCGAAAUCGCAGGUGACACAUUAAGUGGUUCAGGCCGACAAAAAAAGCGUGUUUGAUUUCAACGUGGAGGGAACGAAGUUGCUAGUAGAAAAAUGCAAAAAGUACGGAGUGAGCCGGUUGCUUUACGCUUCCAGUGUUGCUGUCGCAUUUGUCGGCGAUCCGCUGCACAACGCAUCCGAAGAUGACCCGCUUCCAGAUCCCUCUAAAGUCGGUAAGAAUGUGUUUCUAUUAGUCAGUGUUUUUAUUUCAGUACAUCGACUUUUAUUCUGCAUCAAAAGCAGAAGCCGAACGUUUUGUUCUCAACGAGUCUUCAGAAACGUUCAAGACAAUGUGCCUUCGAUUUCGAGCGAUUUACGGACCGGAAGACCCAAAUGUGACGGAAAAAGUAGCGGUGAGUCAUGUUCUUUAUAUUAUCAAAGAAACACAUUCUUUUUUUAAGCGUCUCAUAAGAAGACGUCUCUUCAUCGGAAUGGUGUCCGUUCACGGACGUGAAUCGAUUUCCGCAUCAAGCAGUGUGGUGAAUUGUGCGAAUGCGUUCUACUGUGCAGACCGGGAGCUGCAGAAACCCGAAGGACUACAUGGAAGGGUUUGUGGUUUAAUAAAACAGUGAUCGAACCGAAACUACAGGAGUACUUCAUAACUGAUGCAAACAAUCAGGGCCAGUACGAGUUCUGGGAGCCCCUUGUUCGUGCACUGGGGCAGACUCCUCCAUCGAGGUUCAUCCCGCAUUGUCUGAUGACUUGCUUUGUCCGAUGCUGUCAAUUCUUUUGCUACAACGUCUGCAGAAUUUCUCCUCUGCUCACCAAGUUCGAGUUAGCCAUUCUUGCAACUGAUAACACCUACAGCAACGCCAGGGCGCAACGGGAGAUCGGCUAUAUUCCGGAGCCUUGUUUGAUGCCUGCUGUAAUCCAGAAUCACUAUAAAUGUUAAAACAAAGAAUUAUUCAGGUGGCCGACUACUACAGAAGACGGGCUGAAACGGAUAGGGGUUGGACUCUCAACUGGGCAGUUCUCAUGUUCCUCGCGGUCGUUAUUAUUCUGCUUGCCUUAGUGGUCGUUUAUCGUUCUUAA